UCUCUCUCUCUCUCUCUCUCGCUCUUCUCUUUCGCGCUCGCUGGAUCGCUCACAGAGUCGCUGAAAUCGAAACCAACUCAAAAUGCCCUCCCCAACGCCCUUUGCAACCGCCUCAAAUAUGCUCCGGCACCGCCUUCUCCCUUCUCUCAGGACCCGCGGUGGCGCCGCCACAGGCCAGAGCCGGUGGACCAGUCCCGGCCACGAGGAGCAGCCAAAGGGCUAUCUUUUCAAUCGGACGCCGCCUCCGCCAGGUCAGUCCCGUAAAUGGGAGGAUUGGGAGCUUCCUUGUUAUGUUACUAGUUUUCUUACUAUCGUGAUUCUUGGCGUUGGCCUCAACGCCAAGCCUGAUCUCACAAUUGAGACUUGGGCUCACCAGAAGGCCCUAGAGCGUCUUGAGAUGGAGAAUCUGGCUAUUUCUGGCUCUGGAUCAUCUGAAUCUGAUUGAAUUUCGUGGUUCUUAUGCUCUUUCUGGAACUGGGUUGCUUGAUUUUGAUUCCACCGUUGAAAAGGGGUUUCGGUUCUAUGGUGGGAUUUAUGAGAUGCUGUCGAUAUUUUGUAGUUCAAUAAGUUUUUUCCUAAAUGUGCCAUUGGCUCUUUUGGACCUUCAAUAACAGUUCUAUUUUAAUUGUUAGUUUUGGACAUAUUUGGCGUGGUAUAUGUCAAGCACUUGAAUUUUAACCCUUCGAUAUGUUUCAAUUUAGUUGCCAAUGUUGAGUUAUGUAUACGAAUUUCCUAAUAAUUUAGUUCUGUUGGAUAUCUUAUGGCCAUGAUUAUCGUGGCAAUCUCUGUUUAA